AUGUCCGGAUUGCUGCCUUCUUUGCCUUCAUCUUUUCCGCUAGUUCAGAGCGAAGCUCUGGGUAUGCCCAGGGUUCAUGCACCUAAAGCCGUAGAAGGUAAUGCGACUGAACCUGCUACGGGCCACUCGCCUGUGCUGUACUCUGUAGACGGUGAAAGCAAACAAUACAAGUUGAUGGCUUUAGAGCUUGAAGACCAAAGCGUCCUUCAAGGUUACUCUUUCGGAGCUGACAAGUCGGUGUCUGGCGAAUUGGUGUUCCAAACGGGUAUGGUAGGAUAUCCGGAAUCAUUGACAGAUCCUUCCUACCGCGGUCAAAUGCUGGUUUUUACGUUCCCCAACAUUGGUAACUAUGGUGUUCCUGACAGAAGUAUUGAAGAUGCCAUCAAAGGCAUUCCCAAGUACUUUGAAUCUAAUGAAAUUCAUGUCUCUGCUAUAAUUAUUUCUUCCUACUCUCAAAAUUACUCUCACUUUCUAGCUCACUCUUCCUUGGGCGAUUGGCUUAAAGAACAAGGAAUCCCCGGUAUUUUUGGUAUUGAUACUCGUGCUUUAACAAAAAAAAUACGCAAGCAAGGCUCUAUGCUUGGCCGCUUGCUUCUACAAAAAGGUGACAAACAUCUUGAACCCUCUGAAAUUUCUGAUCUUGGCCGCAACUGGAAAGAUCAGUUCGAAGACAUUUCUUGGAAAAAUCCUAAUGCUGAAAAUCUAACUGCUGAAGUUUCUAUAAAAAAACCAAAACUUUAUGAACCCCAUUCCUCAAAAGCACUCAAAAAAGCCGAUGGUAAAACUAUGCGAAUCAUCGCUGUUGACGUUGGUAUGAAAUACAAUCAAAUUCGCUGCUUUGUUACCCGUGGUGUUGAAUUGUUGGUUGUACCUUGGGAUUAUGAUUAUUCAAAAGAAGAUUAUGAUGGUUUAUUUAUUAGCAACGGUCCCGGUGACCCUUCUCUUAUGGACUUAACUGUAGAACGUGUCCGCCGCGUUAUUGAAUCCAAAUCCAUCCCCGUUUUCGGUAUUUGCUUCGGUCAUCAAAUCCUCGCUCGUGCUGCUGGUGCUUCCACCAUAAAGAUGAAGUUUGGUAACCGUGGCCAUAACAUUCCUUGCACUUGUUUAGUUUCUGGAAGAUGCUACAUUACUUCCCAAAAUCACGGUUAUGCCGUUAACGGUGAUAGUCUUCCUUCGGGCUGGAAGGAACUUUAUGUCAAUGCUAACGACGGUUCCAACGAGGGUAUCUAUAACACUGAAUAUCCUUUCUUUUCCGUCCAAUUCCAUCCUGAAUCCACACCUGGCCCCCGUGACACAGAGUUUUUGUUUGAUGUUUUCAUUGAUACUGUCAAGCGCUCUGCUGACUCUGGCAAACUUCAAAUGUUCAAGCUUCCUGGUGGCACUUUAGAUGAAAAUAAAGCUAAGCACCCUCGCAUUGAUGCCAAGCGUGUCUUGGUACUUGGCAGUGGUGGCUUAAGUAUUGGACAAGCUGGUGAGUUUGAUUACUCUGGCAGUCAGGCUAUAAAGGCCCUUCGUGAGGAAGGAAUCUACACCAUAUUAAUUAAUCCUAAUAUUGCUACUAUUCAGACUUCUAAGGGUCUAGCUGACAAAGUUUAUUUUCUUCCUGUUAACGCCGAUUUUGUCAGAAAAGUUAUCAAACAAGAGCGCCCUGAUGGCAUUUAUGUCACUUUUGGUGGCCAAACUGCAUUGAAUGUAGGUAUCGAAUUGAAGGAUGAGUUUGAAUCUCUCGGCGUAAAGGUGCUUGGUACUUCUGUUGACACUAUUAUUACUACGGAAGAUCGCGAAAAGUUUGCUCGUGCUAUGGAUGAAAUUGACGAAAAGUGUGCCAAGUCAGCUAGUGCAUCUUCUCUUGAAGAAGCUCUCAAGGUUUCGAAAGAUAUUUCUUUCCCUGUAAUUGUUCGUGCUGCUUAUGCUCUUGGUGGAUUAGGAUCUGGUUUUGCUGACAAUGAAGAAGAGUUAACCGAUUUAUGUAAUCGUGCUUUUGCAACCAGUCCUCAAGUCCUAAUUGAGCGCAGUAUGAAGGGAUGGAAAGAAAUUGAAUAUGAAGUUGUACGUGAUGCUUUUGGUAACUGUAUUACGGUAUGUAAUAUGGAGAAUUUCGAUCCUCUUGGUAUUCAUACAGGUGAUUCUAUUGUUGUUGCACCAUCUCAAACCUUAACUGAUGAGGAUUAUAAUAUGCUCCGUACGACGGCUGUGAAUGUUAUUCGCCAUCUUGGUGUUGUCGGUGAGUGUAAUAUUCAAUAUGCCCUCAACCCCUUUACUAAAGAGUAUUGUAUUAUUGAGGUGAAUGCUCGUCUUUCUCGCUCUUCUGCUCUCGCGUCGAAGGCCACCGGUUAUCCUUUAGCCUUCACUGCAGCUAAACUCGGUUUGAACAUCCCACUGAACGAAAUAAAGAAUUCUGUAACUAAAGUCACAUGUGCAUGCUUUGAGCCUAGUCUUGAUUAUGUCGUUGUUAAAAUUCCCCGCUGGGAUCUAAAGAAGUUUACUCGCGUUAGCACGCAAUUAAGCUCUUCAAUGAAGUCCGUUGGUGAAGUCAUGAGCAUUGGUCGUACCUUCGAAGAAGCAAUUCAAAAGGCCAUUCGUGCGAUUGAUCAUAGCAACGGUGGAUUUAACGUUAAGGAUGCGUUAAUGUCUAUCGAUCAAGAAUUACAGACUCCAUCCGACCAACGGCUUUUUGCCAUUGCAAAUGCCAUGAACUCCGGUUACACAGUUGAGCGCAUUUGGAAACUAACCAAUAUUGAUAGGUGGUUCUUGGAGAAGCUCAUGGGUUUGAUUCGCAUGGCUAAAGAAAUCUCCAAAUAUGAUAUUUCCAUUCUUCCAGUGCAACUUUUGCGAACUGCGAAGCAAUUAGGAUUUGCGGAUGUUCAAAUUGCCUCAUUUAUGAAUUCUAAUGAGCUCGCUGUUCGCCGUAUCCGCACGGAAGCUGGUAUCAGAACCUUUGUUAAACAAAUAGAUACUGUAGCUGCCGAAUUUCCUGCCUUCACAAACUAUCUUUACACGACUUACAAUGCUUCUGAGCAUGACAUUCAUUUUGAAGAUAAGGGUGUAAUGGUAUUGGGCUCAGGUGUCUACCGUAUUGGAUCCUCUGUCGAAUUCGAUUGGUGUGCUGUUCGCACCGUCCGUACUCUUCGUGAUCGAGGCAUAAAGACAAUAAUGGUUAACUAUAAUCCUGAGACGGUAUCUACUGAUUUUGAUGAAGCUGAUCGCCUUUAUUUUGAAAAUAUCAGUCUGGAAACUGUACUCGAUAUUUACCAGCAAGAAUCUUCUUCUGGUGUUAUUAUCUCUAUGGGUGGACAAACUUCCAAUAACAUAGCACUUCCUCUCUAUAGAGAGAAUGUGAAGAUUCUCGGUACUUCUCCUGAAAUGAUUGACGGUGCUGAAAAUCGUUUUAAAUUCUCCCGUAUGCUUGACGACAUUGGAGUUGAUCAGCCCAAGUGGAAGGAGUUGACUAGCUUUGAAGAGGCUGAAGAAUUUUGCGAAAGAGUUUCCUACCCAGUGCUUGUUCGUCCCUCAUAUGUUUUGUCUGGUGCUGCUAUGAAUACUGUUUAUUCAAAGACGGAUCUUCAAAAUUACUUAAAGCAGGCUGUUGCUAUCAACAAGGAUCAUCCGGUUGUUAUCUCUAAAUACAUUGAAAACGCCAAAGAGAUUGAGUUGGAUGCUGUCGCUCGUGAUGGUAGAAUGGUUAUGCACGUCAUUUCUGAGCAUGUUGAAAAUGCUGGUGUUCAUUCUGGUGACGCUACUCUUGUUCUCCCACCUCAAGAUUUAGACCCUGCUACUAUUUCUAGAAUUGUUGACGCUACCGCGAAGAUUGGAGAAGCAUUAAACAUUACCGGUCCCUAUAACAUCCAAUUUAUCGCUAAGGACAAUGAAAUUAAGGUUAUAGAAUGUAACGUUCGUGCCUCCAGAUCAUUCCCGUUUGUUUCUAAGGUCAUGGGUGCUGAUUUGAUCUCUAUGGCAACUGAUGUUAUUAUGGGUUUCUCUGUUAAGCCUUAUCCUGAAAUUAAUCUUCCUCGUGACUAUGUUGCUGUAAAGGUUCCUCAAUUUAGUUUUAGCAGACUAUCCGGUGCUGAUCCCGUUCUCGGCGUUGAAAUGGCAUCAACUGGUGAAGUUGCUUGCUUCGGCCACAACAAGUUUGAAGCUUACCUCAAAGCCAUGAUUUCUACUGGAUUUAGAUUACCCAAGCAAAAUAUUCUUAUUUCUAUAGGUUCAUACAAGGAGAAGGCCGAAUUCCUACCAUACGUUAGGAGACUUUACGAUACCGGUUAUAACAUUUUUGCGACUGCUGGUACCUCCGAUUACCUUAUGGAAAGUGGUGUUCCUUGCAAAUACCUCGCUGACAUUCCUGCUGAAGAAGCUAAUAAUGACUUUUCACUAUCAGCACAUCUUGCAAAUAACAUGAUCGAUAUGUAUAUUAACCUACCAUCGAACAAUCGUUAUCGCCGUCCUGCUAAUUACAUUAGCAGUGGCUACAAGAGUCGUCGACUUGCUAUUGACUACUCUGUUCCAUUGGUCACUAAUGUCAAAUGUGCCAAGCUAAUGGUUGAGGCAAUUUGCAGAAAGCCCGAUUUCAGUCUUAGCUCUGUUGACUACCAAAGUAGCUUCCAAACUGAGAAUCUUCCUGGUCUUAUCAAUAUUGGCGCAUAUCUUCCCGAAUUCAGCGCUGAAGCAAUUAGCGAUUACACGGAAGAAUGUAUAGCAGCUGGCUUCACCAUGACUCGCUUCUUGCCUUUUAGCAAAAAGGGAGUUCUUGCAGACAAAGAUUCUUUGGCCAACGCCAGAAAGGCGGCUAUAGAUAACGCGCAUUGUGACUACAACUUUUCAGUGGUCGCCUCUUUUGUAAAUGAGGAAACGAUUACUGACUUAAAAGCGGAAUCGGGUUGUCUUUAUCUUCAUUUCGAAAACAAAUCCUCUACUAUAGAUCAUGUUACUGAGAUUGCUUCUCAUUUCAGUCUGUGGCCCCAGACCCAUUCAGUUGUCACCGAUGCUAAGUCUACUACUUUAGCUUCUGUUUUGUUGCUUGCUAGUCUACACAACCGUAGAAUCCAUGUUGCUAGUGUCACUUCAAAGGACGAUAUUAACCUUAUUGUUUUGGCUAAGCAAAAGAGUCUUCCAGUUACAUUUGAUGUAUCCAUCUACAGCUUGUUCCUUACUCAAAGUGAUUACCCUGGGGCUAGAUUUUUGCCUACUCCGGAAGAUCAGAAGGAAUUAUGGAACAAACUUGAGUAUAUUGAUUGUUUUUCAAUUGGAAGUGUUCCUGUUCGUUUAGCCGAAUUUACCGGUCAUAAGGUUUCUACUGGCUAUGGUAUUCGUGAGGCUUUACCUCUCUUACUCUCAGCUGUUCAUGACGGUCGUCUGAGCUUGAACGAUGUGGUUGAUCGAUUAUAUACCAAUCCUAAGGAAAUCUUCCGUCUUCACGAGCAAGAUGAUUCUGGAGUGCAAAUCGAAACGGAUCGUGCUAUCUCUAGUGAAUCUGCUGAAUGGUCUCCUUUAACCGGUAAGAAGCUUUUUGGUAGUGUUCAAUCUGUCAAGUUUGGUGGACAUGAUGUCUACUUUGAUGGUGAACUAAACUUCAAGUCUACUAAUGGCCGUGAUUAUUCAUCUUCCAACACUUCUGAGAAGCCGGUUUCUACUAGGAAAGCUAGCGCUUUAAUGAGUCCUGGCCUUCCUCAUGCUGCUCCUUCACUUGCUGAAGCGUUUGGUCAAGCUCCGGAGAACAGAGCUCGUCCUGAAUUAACUUUUAAUUUUACCCCAAGCUUCAGCCCUUCUCGUGAACUGGUUAAUAUGAUUAACAGCUCGCCUUUCUACCGUAAACAUAUCAUCUCUGUGCACCAAGUUACUCGGUCGGACUUGCAUCUUUUGUUCGCGAUUGCCCAUCAAAUGCGUAUUAUCGUCGAAAGACAAGGUGUCAUCGACCUUUGCUACGGAAAAAUUUUGUGUACAAUGUUUUUUGAAUCCUCUACUCGCACUUCUUCAUCGUUUGAUGCUGCUAUGCAGCGUUUAGGUGGUAAGGUUGUUGCUGUUACUGCAAGCGCGUCUAGUGUGAACAAGGGUGAAAGUCUUGCCGAUACUAUUCGUACUCUUGGUUGCUACGGAGAUGCUAUUGUUUUACGUCACCCUUCUGUUGAAAGUGCUCGUAUCGCUGCUACAUUUUCUCCUGUCCCAAUUAUUAACGGUGGUAAUGGCUCUAAGGAGCAUCCUACUCAGGCAUUUUUGGAUUUAUACACAAUUCGAGAAGAACUUGGCAGUGUCAAUGGAUUAACUAUCACCUUUGUCGGUGAUUUGAAAUACGGACGUACAGUUCACUCAUUAGCUCGUCUUCUUGCUUUCUGGCAAGUAGAGCUUCACCUCGUUUCGCCUGAACAGCUUCAGCUGCCUGACGAUGUUAAAGAGGAUCUCCGCGCUAGUGGCUUAAACUUUAUUGAACAUCGUGAGCUUUCUAAGGACGUUGUUGCUCAAUCCGAUGUUCUUUAUUGUACACGUGUUCAAAAGGAACGUUUCUCAAGCAUCGAAGAGUAUGAAGAAUUAAAGGACUCUUUCAUUGUUGACAACAACCUUCUAACUGCUGCUAAACCACACACCAUCGUGAUGCAUCCUUUGCCUAGAAACCGUGAAAUCAGUGAAGAAGUUGACUUUGAUCAGAAGCGUGCUGCUUACUUCCGUCAAAUGCGUUACGGUUUGUAUAUUCGUAUGGCUUUGUUGGCAUGUGUUAUGGGUGCUAGCGAAUCUCAUAAUUAG